UCCGGCACCUUGAACCUAUACAAAAACGCUGCCCCGACGCGGUUGGCCUCGAGACGAUGGAGACCGUGUCCGUCUUCGCGCGCGUGCGGCCGCUCAGCGCGCGGGAGGCGCGCGAGGGCGAGGGCCGCGCCGUCUACGCGCAGGCGGCGCACGGCGCCGUGUCCGUGGCGUCGGCCUACGGCGGCGACGGCGACCGCGCCUUCCGCUUCGAGCGCGUCUUCGACGAGGACGCGAGCCAGGGCGACGUCUUCGCGGCGUGCUGCGCGCCCCUCGUCGCCUGCGCCCUCGAGGGCACGAACGCGAGCAUCCUGACCUACGGCCAGACGGGCACGGGCAAGACGCACACCAUGCUCGGCCACGACGUCUGGCGGCUCGCGGCCGAGUGCGCGCGCGCGGCCGCGGACCGGACGAGCGACGGCGAGCGCGGGCUCAUCCCGCGCGCCAUGGCCUGCCUCUUCGGCGCGCUGAAGCGGUCGCGGGCGCGCGCCUGCGUCAAGGUGUCCUACGUCGAGAUCCACAACGAGCGCGUCGUCGACCUGCUGCGGCCGCCGGACGGCGACGGCGAGCCCGCGGCGCUGGACAUCCGCGACGACGCCGAGCGCGGCAUGAUCGCGCUGGGCGCCGAGGAGGUCGAGGUCGGCGCCGAGGACCAGGUGCUCGACGUGCUCUGGUUCGGCGCGGAGAACCGCGCCAUGUGCGCGACGGACCUCAACGAGCGGAGCUCGCGGUCGCACACGAUCUUCGCCGUGGCCAUCGAGCGCCUCGACCGCGACGGCCGCCUGCUCCGGUCGAAGCUGAACCUCGUGGACCUCGCCGGGUCCGAGAAAUUUGAUUGCACACAGGCCGCGCGCAUCAAGGAGCUCACGUCCAUCAACCAGAGCCUCUCCGCGCUCGCGAACGUCGUCGGCGCGCUCAUCGCGGGCAAGGCCCACGUGCCCUACCGCGCGUCCAAGCUCACGCGCUUACUGCAGGACUCGCUCGGCGGCACGUGCAAGGCCGCGUUCGUCGCGACGAUGUCGCCGUGCGCGUCCGCCGUCGAGGAGACGCUGUCGACGCUCCACUUCGCGCGGCGGGCCAUGAAGGUGCGCGUCUUCGCCGCGCCGAACGUCGAGGCGGCGGACACGGGCGGCGGCGGCGGCGGCGGCGCGCGCGAGCUGCGGAACGCGCUCGCCGUCGCGCGCCAGGAGAUCGCGCGGCUCGAGAAGGUCGUCCGGCAGCAGCGCCGCGGCGUCGCCGCGCCCGACGCGCCGUCCGACGCCCCGGCGACGGCGCGCGCCCGGGACCUCGCGGAGCGGCGCGCGGCGCUCGCGAAGGAGUGGGCCGCGCGCGGCGCGUCCGCCGCGUCCGCCGUGGACCGCCGCGACUGGCUCGAGCGCUACCACGCGUGGCUCCGGGACCUGCCGCCGCUGGCCCCGGCGGACAUGGCCGGCGCGUCCGUGGACCUGCGGGAGCGCGUCGCGCUCAUGGAGGCCUCCGUGCUCGUCCAGAGCGAGGAGCUGGCCACCGCGACCGCGUCCUUCGACGCGGAGCGGAAGGCUUUGGCGAGGGAGCGCGACGACGCGCGCGCGGCCCUGCGGCGCGCGCGCGACGGGGCGCUCGUCGCCGAGGAGCCCAAGGCGACGACGGCGACGCGGCGGCCGUCGGCGGCGGCGAAGACCGCCGCGAAGGUGCCCUCCGCGAAGGCCGCCGCGAAGCCCGCGGCGGCGGCGCGGCGCGCGUCCGCGGCCGCGAACCGCAAGGCCGCGCCCGCGCCCGCGCCCGCCGCGAAGCCCCGGGCCGUCAUCGACGAGGACGCCCUCGCCGUGCUCCGGUCCGUCGGCGUCGACGCGUCGACGCUCGACAAGCUCGUCCGCGGCGCCGCCGCGAACGGCGCGAACGGCGCCGCCGACCCGCCGCCGCCGCCGCCCGAGGAGAACCGGGCGGCGAACGCGGCGCCGGCGAAGAAGAAGAAGCGGCCCGUCGUCGCGCGGCACCUCGACGCGGCGACGGGCGUCUACUACUACUACGACCGCAAGACCAAGGAGACGACGUGGGAGCCGCCGCCGAACUGGGACCCGGCGAACGGGACGUAAGACGGCUAAGGCGGCUUGAGCGCGCGCCAGGAGGAGGACCCGCGCGACCGCAGCUUCGCGGCCGGCGGCGGCGGCGGCGUCGCCGUCCCCGCCGACCUCGCCGGCCGGCGCCUCCACCGCCACCGCCUCGUCCGGCGCCGCGGCGCGCGCCGCCGGCGCGCAGGCUUCGCACCUGCAGUCGAAGAGGCGGUGCUUCCAGAGCCAGGCGCGGUCGCGCGCGGCGACGCAGCGGAGGGUCUCGCCGUCGCGCUCGAGCGUCGCCGUCGGCGCGCAGGCGUCGAAGCGCGCGUCGCAGUCCGCGACCUUCCGGACCAUGUCGUCCUUGAUGGCCGCCGUCGCCGGCGACCGGAAGGAGUGCUUGAGGUCCUCGUCGACGAGGCGCAGCGCGUCGAGCCAGCGCCGCGACCGCGGGUGGAGCCGAACGUCGCCGUCUUGCAGCGGCCGCACUUGAGGAGCCUGGCCCGCUCCCGCCCGC